UUGAGCUUCUCACGCGGAUCGUAUCCAAUCGAACGACGACGGUUUGGCUCAUUGACUCCGGGUCGCGUAGAAUCGCGUAUUGUGUUCCCCAGGAGAGACGUUGUGGCGCGUAAAAUGCGAUACACUGUUGCUGGCCGUUGCAGGAAGGUGUAAAGCAACUGUGCGGGGUAUUUCGUCAGUGGCCAGCGGAUGGCACCUGGUGCGGUACGGGGUGGGUGGCAAGCUGUUUUUUGGAAGGAAAAAUGAUGGAAAUUUAAAGAUUGAUUAAAAAGAAUAAUUUGCUGGAAUCGUAGAUCAGUGAAUGUGUCAUCUUCUCUGAAUUAGAAGAAAAACUUUAAGAGUGAAAGCUGAUGAAGGUUACACAGUUGUCAAUGUGUUGGUGUAAGUGCUUUUCUUUUCGGAAAAGUUGAUGGCAUGAUGUAACGCUACAGCUGGUACGGAUGGAAAAGUAGGCGCAAUAGCGGCCGUUGAUUUGACACGAGUCUGUUUUUAAUUCAAAGUGCUGUGUCGAGUGCGCCAGUAAUUAAUGACGGUUGUUCCUCAUUUUGUAUCUUACACAAACUUGUCUCGAUUUCAAAAGCUCUCGCAGUGGAAAAGUCAGUGCUGCUGGUGCUGGUGACUUCCGUUGUGGGUGGAUGAAUUCAUUUGUGUACUAGGAGGGUGCUAAAGCGUCACAUUGGAUACUAGCUGUGGACAGCUUAGCACAGCUCAGCUCGGUAGUAAUGCUGCCGGCUAUAGAAUUUUGAGAUGAAAACCUAUCUAUGGAGCAUCAAGUCAAGGUGCGAGCAGGAGCUGGCAUAAGUCUGCACUUUGAGGAUUAUUGCAUGUAUGAAUGCAGCAGUGUCAUUGGCAAGAGGAGGACUUUUGUUUAUGUUGCAGUCUGCGUAUAAUGUUUAACUACAGUUCGGAUACCGUUUAGUUCAACGGUAGCAGGGUAGUUCGACACACUAACAGUGCACCACGCUUCGACUGCCAAUAAAGUGAUUGAUGAAUAAUUAAACUACAGAGAAAAGUUCAACGAUCGUCAGAUCCCGAAGCAAAAUCUCUAUUGCAUCGAACCAGUGCAGCGGCGUUUGUUAGCGAGUGUAGUGCAAGUGGGAUGUGGUUGAAUGGUGAAAAAAAAUUCUAGAGCAUAAAUUUGUUCGCUCCAACGGCAUGUAACUUCAUCCUGCACCGGGUCUCGUUUGGUUCCGAAUAUACGCCUUGAAGCGAUAUGACGAGAGCCAAAUUGGAGUACAGUAGACCCGCCUAGCGUGUCCUUGUUGUUGUUUCCGUUGUUAUCGUCGUUAUUGCAGCUGCUGUGCAAGGAAACCACCCACUGCCUAGUGAUGACAGUACUGUUGCCGAAGAGGGUUUACUCGAUUCAAUCCAUGCCGUGCUAGGAACCGGCAGUUCGUGUCCUCCGGUGGAAAAAGAGUUAUUUUUAGUGAAUAAAUUAUUUGCUCAGAAAAACAUAUAAGCUCGUAAAAGUAACCACUACAUCAAACUUGGUUCGAGGGAAGAUAAUAAAAACAGUGCUCGCAUAUACUUGUAUAUAUUGCACAAUCAUGUAUUGCUGGUUCUAAAGUCCCAGCCAGCAGUUGUCGCGCACACGCAAAAUCCGAAUCCAGGGAUCGUAAAAAAAGGGAUCAACCUCGAAGUGGUUCCUUUUUUCUUCUUUUGAUCUGCCGCUGCUCUGCUCAACCCGCUAGCCGCCCACGCCGGAGCACAGCAGGGAUGGAAACACGAAUAGGAUUACUGGGAUUACUUUUCUACUACUGCAUUGUGAUUGCCACUGUGCUAAACCUGAUCGGUGGCGAGGUACAAUCGUACUGGGAGCAACCGUACGCUCAGCCUUACUUCGACAAUAGCACCAGGCGGGAUGUAACCGCAACAGUCGGCCAAUCUGCCCUCCUGCACUGCCGGGUGCGAAACCUUGGAGACCGAGCGGUUUCCUGGAUCCGGAAGCGUGACUUGCACAUUCUGACCGUUGGUAUUCUCACCUACACCAACGACCAGCGCUUCCAGUCGCUGCACACCGAAGGCAGUGACGAGUGGACACUGCGGAUUACAUCGCCUCAACCCCGGGAUUCCGGCACGUACGAGUGUCAAGUGUCAACGGAACCGAAAAUAUCACAAGCCUUUCGGCUCAACGUUGUGGUUUCCCGGGCGAAGAUCCUCGGCAACUCGGAGCUGUUCAUCAAAAGCGGAAGCGAUAUCAACCUGACGUGCGUUGCGCUUCAGUCACCGGCGCCGCCCUCCUUCAUCUACUGGUACAAGGGUGGUCGCGUGGUUAAUUACUCGCAACGGGGCGGCAUCAGCGUGCUAACGGAGCGGCAAACCAAGACGAGCAAAUUGGUCAUUGCACGUGCGAUGCCAACAGACUCGGGCAACUAUACGUGUUCGCCCAGCAGUUCCGAUUCUGCCAGCGUGGUCGUCCAUGUCAUAAACGGGGAACAGCCAGCCGCAAUGCAGCACGGGAAUAGCAGCGCUAAUAGCAUUUCAAUAAAUAAACGUAGUUUUAGUUUAGGCUUCGUGGCGACCCCGGUUGGUAUCAAUUUACUAUUAUCAUUAGCGUCGUCAUGGUUUUGUUUAGUAUUGCAAUCGAUAUGCCUGUACGGUGCUCUGAGGUGAUUUAUGGCGUAAACUUCCGACAGUUUUCCGCAUGCUUUACGUUUUCCGAUCAGUUUUGUCGCCAUUGUUCCGGUUCGGAUCGUUUGUACUUUUGUCAGUCAGUUGACUCGAUUCCGGCCGAUCUAUAGCAGCGAUACAAUUUCACACGACCAUCAACGUGAACUAAAUGACAAUGAGAAAAAGGCCCCGCUGCCUUUGUGUAAGAUAUAGGUUUUCGGUACAGAAAUGCAAUGUUGAGACUAACAUAAUUAUAAUAAUAGUGUUCACCUACCUUAGAAAAGUGGAUGGUGAUGAGUGGAAACAGAUGAGAAUGAAUGCGAUAUCAAAUAAAAAAUUAAUUUUACCUAAAAAAUCAUCUGUACAUUGAUAAAAACUCUGAGGCUUUUCACCUCUGUAGGAUAGCGAAAUUUUAGGUAUAAAUUCUGUAGCGAAACAAUAAAAAAUA